AAAUUUCUGGGAACAAUGUGGAAAUUGUGUUGGCACCAUGUUUAAUCUUUUGACGUGUACUCCGGUUUGGAAGUGUAUACGUGUGUUUUGUUAAAAGGUUAGGAUCGCGAUGGGUGCAGGAGAAAAUACCGUUAUAAAAAUCAAUAAAUGGGACGGCUCAGCCGUGAAGAAUGCCUUGGAUGAUGCAGUCAAGGAUGUACUUACGAAGAAAUACAAUUACAUAGAAAAUUUCGCGCUACUUGAUGGACGACUAGCACUCUGCGGAGUCGCUGUUAUAAUUGCCAUUGUAGCAUUACUCUGCGAUUAUUUAUAUCCAUUCCCUGCCUCUAAGCCUGUGCUAGUAGCCUGUGUUUCUUUUUAUUUCUUUUUAAUGGCACUUUUGACACUGUAUACCACGUAUAAGGAAAAAGGCAUAUUUGUGGUUGCAGUCCAAAGAGAUCCGGCUGGUUUCAAUCCCGAUUUGAUCUGGGAGGCAAGCUCCUACCUGAAAAAAUAUGACGAUAAGUACAAUUUGGUAUUGUCAGUUAGGAGCGCAUCAUCGGGUAACAUUAAUGAGACAACUGUAACCAAAUCCGUUGCGAACUUCAUCGACGUUAAUGGUGUAGUGAUACCAGAACUGAUCGAAACUGUCGUGACGAGCAUGCACGACAGCCUGACAUCGCAACGCAAGGAAAAAUAGCACGAUAUUGCUGGAUAUGGCUUUUGAAGAGUUUCUUUUUUAUAUGAAUCAAGUUAGCAUGUCGCAGUUUCUCAACCGUAUCCUCCAGUCUACAUUUUCAAUCUCAUGUAACAAUGUAAAUAACACAUAGAAAUGAGAAGCCAAGUAUUUCCAAUGAUUUAUAUAUAAUGUAACUAUUAUAUUCAACAUGAGCAUAUAAUUAAUAAAAUAAACAUAUAAAUCUUCUUUUUUUAGAUAAAUAAGUUUGAUAUAUUUUUAUCAUUUAUUCUUGCUGUACCCGAAACGAAUUGUACUAAUAAACUGUGUGCAAAU